CGCGCCGCCCCCGCCGCCGCCGGCCGGGCAGCAGGGCGCAGGCCGGGCGGGCGGGCGGCGCCAUGGGGUCGGCGCGCGGCGGCGGCGGGAUGCGCUGUGUGAAGCUGCUGCUGCUCGCCUUCAACCUGCUCUUCUGGCUGGCUGGGUCGGCCGUUGUCACCUUCGGGCUGUGGCUGCGCUUCGGCGGGGUCAUGGGCAACAUCGCAUCAGAGCAGAAGUCCCCGGAGUACAUCUACAUGGGGCUGUACGUGCUGGUGGGCGCCGGGGCGCUGAUGAUGAUGGUCGGGUUCUUUGGGUGCUGCGGAGCCGUGCGGGAGUCCCAGUGCCUGCUUGGAGCGUUUUUUGCCUGCUUGCUGGUGAUCUUUGCUGCCGAAGUCACCUCCGGUGUGUUCGCCUUCCUAGGCAAGAACGCGGCAAUACAAGAAGUCCAGGCCAUCUACAAAGAUGCUUAUGACGCCUACAUGAAGAACCCAGGAGAGAAAAACAGAACGCUCCAGCUCCUGCACUCGUCUUUUCAGUGCUGUGGUAAAGGCAAAGACAGUGAUGAUCAGGUGAAACCCACCUGUCCAGAGGGCAUCCAUCUGCCCAAGAACUGCCUGGAGGAAAUCCAGAGCGUAACAAACUCGCAUCUGCACUUAGUUGGAAUCGUUGGGAUUGCAAUUGCUGGCGUCACAAGUGCUGCAGACAGGGCCUCCUGCGCCAGCGUAUCUGACCCCUUCCCGCAGGAAGGGCUUCUUUGCUGGCGCCUCGACUCCGCUUCACGGACCAAGUGCACCGUAUCCAGUUGCUGGGAAGAGCAGGGUUUUCCAGUGACGUACGUUCGUGGCUCCUCCCACAGCCAGAAAUGAUCUUUGGCAUGAUAUUCAGCAUGGUUCUCUGUUGUGCAAUCCGCAAUACAAGGGACACGCUCUAAACUCUUGCUGCAAACUUCCAUGCUCCAGGACUCCCGGACUAAACUUUACAAGAAGCGUUCUCCUACCCAGCCUAAUAAUCUCAGUACAUAUUUAAUUAGCGUGUUUAACAAAGCGAGAGAAAAAUACUCCGCUUAGGUGAGCCUGUGAAACCAAUUAAUUCUGUUUAAAUUUGUGAGUCAGAAAACUGCAAUGAGCAAAAUGAGGGUUUAAAAUGUUCCGCUUUAAAUGGAAAGGCCAAGGUGGCAUCUUCAACUUACGAUUUUCAGUAUGCUCGCACGUGCGUGGUGGCGUGGCUGCACAGACGUGUGUAUCACGUGGGGGCAGCGUGGCUCUCCAUACAGGAGUUUCAGUGUGCACAAGCACAGUGCCUGGUGUGACUGAGUGAGGGCAUGCACGCACGCACGCACACACGCACGCAGAGGGGCUACAUUGUGUGCACACGUUUGCUCGCGCGUUCUGGCACGGUGCCUCCUGUCGCACAUGCAGCCGUGGGCAAAUACAGCUGGAGCCAUUCCCACAGCAAACUCCUCUUUGCCAAGCGUCACUGUAGGAGCAAGCUUCAUCUUUUAAAUAUGACCUUUAAUCCAGUUCCUACUAAUCUCCCCCAGAUUUCAAGGGAAUUAAUAAAUUUGACUUAAAUGA